ACAGCCUCAAUAGAAAAACCUGAUUGACUUGACACUUAAAAUAUGGUCUUCUGUCUUACACUUGGACGACAUGCUUUCCCAAGUCCAAAUCCACCGAAUCCCAUAUGUUAUCCCAAAAAUUUUGAAGUCCUGUGCUUGAUUUGUCUUUCUUGAGUUUUUUUGGUGAUUUAAGAAGAGACGGAAGAAGCAUCCUGGCUUCUACACUGGUUUUGUCCAUUUCUUGCGUUUUAAUCUUUCUUUCACUUCACUUGCACUUUGCUCGCUGUACUCAUCUGGAGAUCCCCACCUGGAAGCAUCCUCUCUCCUUCAACCCCUCCUCUCCUUCAACCCCUUUAUAAGUUCUUCUCCUUCACUUCGCUCUUCUCCCUCACUUCGCUCUUCUCCCCCUCACCCUCCAAAACCAAAAGCAAAACCCUUGUCUUUGUUCUUGCGUCUGCACCACUCACUAGCAGUGAUUUUUUACUGUUCCUGCCUGGUUAUUACUGACAAGAAUGCAGAAGCAGAAGAUGUUGCUCAAGGACUUCCUUAGAGAGGAUUCGUGGUCUUGUUCUCCAAAUGUGGAAGCAACGACACUUCUCAGAAGCAGAUCGAGAAAUAUCUCAGCCUUAGAGACCAUGAUCAAUGCAUUCAAGAAUAUCCCUUUCAGUAGCUCAGUGAAUAAGCCCUACCCAGUGUUCUUCCUAAGAAGCCUCUCAAGAAAGCUGUCAACGCAAAGAUUACCCAAGAAAACCAGAAAAGGUGAUGGUCAUGAUCAUGGCCAUGGAGGUGGUGGCGAGCAGGCCAAAAUGACAGUCAGGAUCAAGGACAUCAUACGGUGGAGAUCCUUCCAGGACUUGGCCGAAGAGGGAUCUCGGCCGUCGGAUUUCCAUUCCCCGCCGCCACAUCAAUGCUCUUCCGCGGCGACAAUUACAACCACAGGAUCAAGCAGUAGCACUGAGAGCAAGAGUAAUGGCUCAAGUUGGUGUGAAAGUGAUUUCACGCUGGAGUUUUCACCGCCCUGGAAUGGUGAUUUUCAGGAAUACAACGAACCAUCUGUUGGUACACGCGCAGGGGAGGCUUUACCAGGAUCAAUAACAAGAAGCUUCUGUGAAAUUGAACCCAAGAGAGUCUCAUUCUACGAGGAGAAAGAACAGCACAGUCCUGUUUCUGUAAUUGAUGCUGAAUUUGGAGAAGAUGAAGGAUUUUGCUGGUCUCGAGAUCAGAGCCGAGGCAGUAUUGCGACAGGGGAUGCGCAAUUCCUUCUGCGACAACCUUGGUGGAUCGAAAGUGUUGCCUACGCGCAAAGUUCCACGUCAAUGGGGGAUCUUGAUGAGAGAUCUGAUGAAGAAGAGGAUGAUGAGUUCAGAGAAGGACAGGGAGGCUCAAAUGAACCUGCUGAACAAAAAGCAACAAUGCUGCUAAACCAGGUCAAAGCUUCAAGUUCUGGUCUUAGCAUGAAGACCAAUGUGGAUAAGCUAUUGUUGGACUACUUCAUGAGUGAACUAGCCACACUAGGAUGCAACCCUAUAAAUGAUGACUCUGAGCUUGUGAUGAUGAGCACCGCAAAAUCUUGGAUGAAUAAUGAGCUCGGCGCGAAGUGCGAAUGGGGAGUCAAUAGCAAGAAAGAUGCUUAUCUGAGAGAAAUGGACAGAGGAGAGAAGUGGAGAAAGUUUGAAGAGGAAAAAGAGGAGAUAGCUAUGGACUUUGAGGCUAAGAUCAUGGGUACUUUGGUGGAUGAGCUCCUAUCUGAAUUCAUAUUGAACUGACCGGAGAGAAAAAUCUUGUAAGAGCAAUGUAAGGAUGUAGCAGAAAGAUGUAACGCAUAGCUCGUGCUCAAAAAGUUGUCCUGCUAUUCUGUAUGUCUAGAAGAGGAACAUAACUUCUGUAGCAAUCUAGAUAAUAAUGAAAAAAUCAAACCUGUAGGCAUUCUUCUUAUUUGUAUCAGGAUUAGAAGAAAUGACCAUCUUUCGUCCUAAAAGACAACUCUAGAAGAA